CACCACGGGCGCAGUGCCGUAGAAGCUGCCGGUGAAGAGAUCGUUCGUUCAUUUCGUUGCAAGCGCUCCGAGAAAGAAUUAUGGAGGAUGUGAUGGCUGUGAACGGCGUGAAGGAGGUGAACGGUGACACAGACAGGCUCUACUACGAAUUGGAUGGCGAAGGUGAUGCCGAUAGUUCGACAACUCCGAGCCACAAUGUGGAUCACCAUCGCGAUCGUAGUGAAAGUCCAGUUUUUGGCAUCGAGGGUGCUGCUAACGCUGCAGGCACCAGCAGUAGCUUGAGGCUUGCAUCUCACGAGUUGCCAAAUGAGAUUUCGGCACCUUAUGAAGUACCUCAAUUCCCGAUCGAACAGAUCGAGAAGAAGCUUUUGAUCCAACGACAAUUGACCGUCAAAGCUGCAAGAGAUCUUGAGGAACGUCGCAGUCAUUAUGAACCGUCACUUCACCCAGGAGUUCCUGAUGACAUCGAUCAUAGUUUCAAGAUCGAAGAAAAUGAUUUCGUGCCUCAUUUUCAACGAGUCUCCAUAUCCGGCGAAGAUACUUCCGGAGUACCUCUGGAAGAUCUUCAACGGGCCUCCAAGAUGUUGGUGCAGGCAUUGGCCAUACGCGAAAAAUACAUGAACAACUCCAAGCAGAGCUUCCCCACUAUUACGUCUAGAUUCUUACGUAGUGUCGAUAAAAGACCACUUACUACGGAUGACGAAGUUCAUCACGAUGAUCGCAAGGCCAUCGAAGGGAAAGAGCUGGUGGAUAUUGCGAAAGAAAUCGAGGGCAGUCAAUCCGACGCGGACAUCGACGCGCUGAUCAAAGAUGUCUCUUGGACAGGUCUUCCUAAUCAUCCGGUACAUGCGCCUGCUUCUCGGGGCGAUCCUUGGGAAUGUGAAUUUCCACCAGCGAAGAAUUACAAGAUCGUACCAGUCAACGGCGUGUUCAACCUGUUCGCCAAUGACGAGGACCUGGCCAACGGCAAACCGCUUCCGUAUUUGUAUCCGGACCUGGCGGCCUUCGUCCAGGACAUGAACCUCCUCUGCGCUAUGAUCGCCGACGGACCCUUGAAAUCCUUCUGUUACCGAAGAUUGAGUUACCUCUCCUCCAAGUAUCAGCUACAUGUGUUGCUAAACGAACUCAGGGAGCUGGCCAGUCAGAAGGCCGUGCCGCAUAGGGACUUCUACAAUAUCAGAAAGGUCGAUACUCACAUACACGCGGCUUCGUGUAUGAAUCAAAAGCACCUGCUUAGAUUCAUCAAAAAAACGUUGAAAAAUCACGCUGAUGAAGUGGUCACUUGUUCCAAAAGCGGCGAGACUAUGACACUCCGCGAAGUUUUUCAAUCCAUGAAUUUGACAACCUAUGAUCUGAGCGUAGACAUGUUGGACGUGCAUGCAGAUAGAAAUACGUUUCACAGAUUUGACAAGUUCAACGCGAAGUACAAUCCUAUCGGCGAGAGCCGCUUGCGUGAAGUUUUUCUUAAGACCGAUAACUACUUAAAUGGCACGUAUUUUGCGCGGAUAAUUAAGGAGGUCGCGAGCGAUCUUGAGGAGUCUAAGUAUCAGAAUGCAGAGUUGCGUCUUUCCAUCUAUGGCAAGAGUCCGGAAGAGUGGGAUAAAUUAGCUAAAUGGGCAAUUCAGAGCGAUGUCUAUUCGGAUAAUGUUCGUUGGCUUAUACAGAUUCCUAGAUUAUAUGAUAUCUUUAAGCUGAACAAGCUUAUGACGAACUUCCAAGAGAUUAUCAACAAUAUCUUCCUGCCACUCUUUGAAGUGACUAAUGAUUCCAGUUCUCAUCCGGAAUUACAUAAAUUUCUCCAAUACGUAAUAGGCUUCGAUUCCGUGGACGAUGAAAGUAAGCCAGAAAAUCCUCUCUUCGAUAAGGAUGUUUAUCCACCUGCAGAAUGGGAUGAUAUAGAGAACCCGCCAUACGGAUAUUAUCAGUACUACACUUAUGCGAAUAUGACGGUUCUUAAUCAUUUUAGAGCAGAACAAGGCUUGAAUACAUUUGUCUUGAGACCUCAUUGCGGUGAAGCAGGACCAGUUCAACAUCUCGUGUGUGGCUAUAUGAUGGCGGAGAAUAUUUCGCAUGGCUUACUGCUCAGAAAAGUUCCUGUGCUUCAAUACUUAUAUUACCUAGCGCAAAUCGGCAUCGCAAUGUCACCGCUCAGUAACAAUUCACUUUUUCUUAAUUAUCAUCGUAAUCCACUUCCAGAAUAUCUUGCUAGGGGACUAUGUAUAAGCUUGUCUACAGACGAUCCUCUCCAAUUUCACUUUACCAAGGAACCCCUGAUGGAAGAAUAUAGUAUUGCUGCGCAAGUGUGGAAACUUAGUUCGUGUGACAUGUGCGAGUUAGCACGCAAUUCCGUUCUCAUGAGUGGCUUUCCGCAUAAAAGUAAGCAAUACUGGUUGGGACCUAAUUAUACAAAGGAGGGGGUCGCUGGUAACGAUAUUACUCGAACCAACGUACCAGACAUACGAGUGGCCUAUCGAUAUGAAACCUUAGUUGACGAACUGUCCAAUAUCUUCAAGGUCGUGGAGAAACCUGAGUCACUUCCAUUUUAAUAACCGAUUAUUUGGAUUUUAUCAAACUGAUGGAAGUCGAUUAAGAUGACGAUGUACUUCGUCGAGCCAAUACAGAAUCUCCCUACACCCCGAGGAGGUAAUAUUUAGUGGAUCUUAUAAUCCCAAGUCAAUUGUGGUACGCUGAAAAAAAGUUUGGUAAUAGCUAUCAAAUGUUAAAAAUAUAGCUAUACAAAUAUUUAAUAAAUUAAUGUUUAUAAAAAGAUUUAAUA